AUGAAAGUUGCGAUUGCCAUAUCAGGCACACUCAAAAGAAAGACUAUAGCAUAUCCCAGAUGCUCUUUGUUUGCGUAUGAUGCUGAAGGCAGGGGCUAUCAUGCGACCCCAUACAGGUCAAGACCCAGUCUUGAACCUCGACUAGAAGACCACGGCAGAGUAAUUCACGACGAAUACUCAAUCGUACGCGACAAAUAUGACAUGGAGCAGCUUACUGACUUUCAUACAGACGUCCCGAAACACCCAAUCGUUCUCGCCCAUGGGUUACUCGGAUUCGAUGAAUUACGGCUUGGUGGCCCUUAUCUCCCAGGUGUCCAGUACUGGCGUGGGAUUAGAGAAGCUCUGACUGCGCGAGGCAUUGAAGUGAUCACAGCUACAGUUCCUCCCUCGGGCUCCAUUGAGGACCGAGCGAAAGAACUAGCUCGAGAUAUCGAGGCAGGUGCAAGAGGAAAGGAUGUUAAUAUUAUCGCGUAUGUUGCUGUUGUCUUUUCAAACGUUCUCACUCGUUCUAACUUACUUGCAGGCAUAGCAUGGGGUAAGUUAGCAUUCCAAAAGAUUCUUCGGCGCGAGCUAAUAAGGAUCAAGUGGCCUUGA